UGAGACGGCGCACUCGGGGUAAACGCGGCUGGCGGUAAGCGGAAAGGUGUCUUCCUGUUGAGGGGCAGUCAUGUUUCUCCAGUAUUACCUCAACGAGCAGGGCGAUCGCGUCUACACGCUGAAGAAAUUCGACCCUACGGGACAACAGACUUGUUCUGCCCAUCCUGCUCGGUUCUCCCCAGAUGACAAAUACUCAAGACACCGAAUCACCAUCAAGAAACGCUUCAAGGUGCUCAUGACCCAGCAACCGCGUCCUGUCCUCUGAGGGCUCGUCAAUCUCUUGUGCUGCUAGUCCCCGGGCCGAUUAUCAGCAACCAAACGCGCUGUAAGCCUUGAAGCCUUCCCAUGCUGCUUGGAGUACUAUCUCUCUCCCUAAGUGAAUGAGUCUAUACUGAUGGGCCUCGACCGUAAAAGGAACAAUCUUUUUUUUUUUUUUUUUCUUCAUGUUUUGACCUAACUGCCAGGUUAUUAAAGAUACAAUGAUUUGAAAGUUCA